AUGAGGAGCCGGCAGCGGAUGUUCGCAGCAGCGAUGCGCCUGCUCCUCAAGUGCCUGCGGCUGGGCCGGCGGCGGCGCUUUAAGCUGGUACGGCAAGCGGAGCAGCUGUGGCACUAUGGGCACCUCUGCCUCCGCUCUCUGCUCUACAACUCCUUCACCAAUGGCGACGUGGUACUCGACUCCCUCUUCGAGCCUGUCUACUGGCUAGUGGACCAUGUCACCCGCUGGUUUGGUGUGGUGUUUGUGGCCCUGGUCAUUGGACUGACGAGCUCCAUUGUAGCCAUUGUGUACAUCUGCCUGCUGCCCCUCAUCCUGCAGACCUACACGCCUGCCUGGAUCUGCUGGCACCUCACUUAUGGACACUGGAACCUCAUCAUGAUUGUCUUCCACUACUACAUGGCCAUCACCACCUCGCCUGGGCACCCACCACAGGCCAAGGAUGAUCUCACCGGCGUCUCCAUCUGCAGGAAAUGCAUUGCCCCCAAGCCAGCUCGCACCCACCACUGCAGCAUCUGCAACAGGUGUGUGCUGAAGAUGGACCACCACUGUCCCUGGCUAAACAACUGUGUGGGACACUACAACCACCGCUACUUCUUCUCCUUCUGCCUGUUCAUGACUAUGGGCUGCAUCUACUGCAGUAUCAGUGGCUGGGAGAUGUUCCGGGAUGCAUACGCAGCCAUUGAGAGAAUGAAACUGCUUGAGAAGGAGAGACUGCAGGUGGCUGCCAACCAGACAUACUACCAGACCCCAUCACCCACCUUCUACUUCCGUCAGCGAGCGUUCCACAAAAGUGUGGUCUACCUCUGGGUCCUAUGCAGCUCAGUUGCAUUGGCCUUGGGUGCUCUCACGCUGUGGCAUGCUGCCCUCAUCACUCGGGGGGAAACCAGCAUUGAGCGACACAUCAACAAGAAGGAGAAGCAGAGACUGCAGAAGAAAGGCAAGGUGAGCAGAGCCUGCAGAGCAGGAGGGCUGGCUAGCAGAGCCAGACAUGAUGCAUGUCUCCCUGGCCUGCAGGUCUUCAGGAACCCCUACAGUUAUGGCAGCUGGGAUAACUGGAAGGUGUUCCUGGGUGUGGAUGUGCCAAGGCACUGGCUCACACGUGUCCUGCUGCCUUCUUCACACCUGCCCCAUGGGACAGGCCUGAGCUGGGAUCUGCCUCCCUGCAUGACUGAGCAGCGUGCACCACUCCUGGCCAUCUGA